CAAUAUACGGGCACUCGAGGCAUUAGGAGAAAGACCGUAUGAUUGGGGCCCAUUACUAUCACAUAUCGUGUGUGCGAAGUUGGACGACGAAACGCGAAAAGACUGGGAAAUACAUGAGGCUAAAGAGAGAAUACCAUCGAUUCGGGAAUUAACACAGUUUAUUGAGGAACGAUUUCGGAUAUUAGAAUCAGUCGAAUCUUCACGAGAUAUAAAUAAGGUGGCAUCGGCGACGGCAGGUAGAGGAAAAGAACAAUCGAGAACAAAUAAUAUCACGAAAGGCGGUCAAAAAUAUUCGGCAAAUUUGGUGUCAACAACAGCAUUAAAGUGCUUUGUAUGUAAUUUGGAACACACAAUUUAUAAGUGUCCAACAUUCAUCACACUGCCGAUAAGCGAACGUAUUGAGAAAAUUGCGAGUCUAAAAUUGUGUAAAAUAUGUCUACGUAAACAUGAGGGAAAAUGUUUUGCGAGAUUUUGUUUUAAAUGCUCCAAACCGCAUAACACAUUAUUACAUCUACGGCAAAAAAAGGUCUCAGAUUCGGAGGUUAGUGGAAAGGACGCCGAAACGGCUAAGAAUAGACAUGAACCGGUCAUAGACGCGACGAGUUCAACGACCGCGCACGCAAAUAAUAAUUACGAGCGCGUAUUGUUAGCCACAGCCGUCGUACGCGUGAUCAAUCCGUGCGGUAAGUCCUCGUUCGCACGCGUGUUAUUAGAUUCUGGUUCAAUGAAUAAUUUUAUAUCGACUGAAUUAGUAAAUAGUUUAGGUCUACGGCAAAAGAAAACGGAUCAUGUAGUAAGCGGAAUUGGAGGCACAACACAAAAUAUCACAUCUACGGCGUGGUUAAAAAUAAAAUCUUGCGUGAAAGAGUACGAAUUAGACAUACAAGCAUUAAUGGUAAAGAAGAUAACGGGAAAUAUACCGACGAACUUUAUUUCCGAAAACGGCCCUCGACCAGAAAAUAUGAUACUAGCCGAUCCGUCGUUUAAUGUACCAAAAAAAAUCGAUAUAUUAAUAGGCGCUGUUCAUUUUUUCGAGAUCUUAGGUAAACAACAAUAUUUGUCGUCAAACGGACCGAGUUAUCAAGAAACAAAGUUCGGAUUUGUUGCAUCAGGGUCGGUACAACUGGCACAAGGUACGUUGCGCAAUAAAAAAUCUGUUACACAUAUAUCCACAAACACAGAAAAUGACGAAGAUAGCGAUAUAGAAAAGUUAAUUAAACAAUUCUGGCAGUCUGAAGAAUACAUAGGACCGACACCAUAUACCAUCGAAGAAAAGGCGUGCACCGAGCAUUUCAAUAAUACUGUACGACGGGAAGAAGGAGGUCGUUUUGUAGUACAAUUACCAAUUAAAAAAAAUUGUUCGAAAUUAGGGAAGUCGUACGAAAUAGCUAAGCGUAGACUCUUAUCGGUUGAACGGAGACUGGACAAGAAUCCAGCGUUAAAAUGUGAAUACGUCAAAUUUAUGCGUGAAUAUGAAAGUUUGGGUCAUAUGACAUAUGUGAGUAAUGAGGAAAUCGAUAUACCUGAAAAAAUGUGUUACCUCGCACACCAUUGUGUUCUAAAUUUAAAUAGUAGUACUACGAAAUUACGGGUCGUAUUCGACGCUUCCACAAAGACUGAAACCGGAGUAAGUCUAAAUGACGUCCUUUUAAAGGGACCAGUUAUACAGGACGAUCUUAUAUAUAUUUUAGCUAGAUUUCGAGUACAUAAUUUUGUAAUUUCUGCCGAUAUACGAAAAAUGUAUCGUCAAAUUAAUGUUUCAAAAGAGCAUCAAGAUUUCCAACGUAUUUUAUGGCGCGAAAAUAGUAAAUCUCCGAUUAAAAUAUUUAGAUUAAAUACAAUUACGUACGGUACGGUACCUGCGUCAUAUUUGGAGACUGCAUGUCUACAAAAACUGGCUGAUGAUGAAUACAAACAUAAUACGGAAAUUUCCAUGGCUAUUUCACGCGAUUUCUACAUGGACGAUUUUCUUAGCGGGGCCCCGACCAAAGAAGAAGUAAUCAAAUUACGUGACCGUCUAAUAGAGGUAAUGGCUACCGCGAAAAUGGAACUGGGAAAAUGGUCUUCGAACGACGUUAGUGUUCUCAACGUUAUUACUCAAACCAAAAAAGAACAAAAAAAUGUGCAUGAGAUAAAUGACUCCUUUACUAAAAUUUUAGGUAUGUACUGGAAUGCGAAAACAGAUAGUUUUCAUUUUAAAAUUAAUUUAGACAAAGAUAAGCGAACUGCGUCGGUGACUAAACGCGAUAUAUUAUCGGAUAUUGCAAGGAUUUUUGAUCCACUCGGACUAGUAGGACCCGUCGUAAUUCGCGCGAAAUUAAUGCUGCAAGUUUUAUGGCAAGCCCAGGUAAAGUGGUGUGAACAUGUUUCCGAUGAUAUGAAAUGCGAAUGGAACGAGUAUAAGACAAAUUUAUUAAGUCUUAACGAUAUAAGAGUACCUCGUCAAAUUACGAUGAAAGAGGAAAUAUGUGAUAUGCAAAUCCAUGGCUUCGCCGAUGCUAGUGAAAAGGCAUAUGGUUGUUGCUUAUACUUGAGGUGCUCUGACAAUGCCGGGAAUCAUUGUUCAAAUCUUAUAUGCGCUAAAUCUAAGGUUGCGCCAAUGAAGACAUUAUCUUUACCACGCUUGGAGUUAUGCGCCGCGCAAUUAUUGACGCGCUUAGCAUAUAAAAUGAUAUCAAAGAUGCAACUUAAAUUAUCAAAACAACACUAUUGGACAGAUACCAAAGUCACUUUAUGUUGGAUAAAGUCUACUUCAAAAAAGUGGAAAACCUUUGUAUCACAUCGGGUUGGCGAGAUUCAAGAAAAGACCUCGUUAACCGAGUGGUUUCAUGUGAAAGGCAGCGAAAAUCCUGCGGACAUUAUAUCACGUGGUUGCUGUCCCACCGAACUAUCUCGGUAUACUCUUUGGUGGCACGGUCCCGAGUGGUUAGUCCAGAAUGAAAAACAUUGGCCGAUUAUCCAACAGGAAGAAAUAUCAAUUGAGUUGAUGGAUAUGCCGGAACAAAAAGGUUUAAGCGUCAGUGGUGUAACUACAUCGGAAAAUGAUUUGAUUGUUCACAGAUAUUCCUCCAUAAAAAAGAUGUCGCGAAUUGUUGCAUAUUGUAUGCGUUUUAAGUCAAACUGUUUAAGUCAUAAGCAAGAUAAGAAAAAAAAAAUGGUUGCUUACUACCUUACGAAAUAA